GUUUGGGGUUGACGAUUCGAUCCGGUUCACCAAUUUUCUCAGGUUUUUAAAUAACCGAUUUUAACUGGUCCAAUCAGCCGGUCCUGGGUUAGCGGCCGAGCCCUAUCCGAUUAGUUUACUUUCUCCCACUCCGAGAGCUUUCUUUCUCACUCUUCAAGCUCGACGAAGAUGUCUUGCUUGAUUUCAUCAACUUGCUCACUCGUCCCCUUCGACUCGAAUCUGACUCGUUCGAAUCGUUUCACCAAACUGGGUUCUGCAGUUUCAUGGCAAUCUUCCUUUCCUAAACUCUCCAUCGAAAUCGGCUCUGUUAUCUCAUCCCCCAUUGUCAAGAAGGAUUCUUUUGUGCAAGCUGCGUGGACUCGAAGAUCACGAGGUGAAGCAGCGAAAAGACCCAACAGGAAGUCAUGGAAACAGAGAACGGACAUGUACAUGAGGCCUUUCCUUCUGAAUGUGUUCUUCUCCAGGAAAUUCAUACACGCUAAAGUGAUGCAUAGGCCAACAAGCAAAGUCAUUUCAGUUGCCACCACAAAUGCUAGAGAUAUAAGGACUAAUAUACCGUCUCUUGUUGAUAACGAAGCGUGUAGACUCAUCGGUAAGCUCAUAGCUGAGCGUUCAAUGGAAGCAGACGUCUAUGCUGUCUCUUAUGAGCCAAGAAAGGGAGAAAGAAUUGAAGGGAAGCUAGGGAUUGUAAUCGAUACUAUUAAGGAACAUGGCAUUAUUUUUGUUCCUUGAUUCAUUCUCUCUUAGAAUAAAUGACUUAGCAUUUUCAUUACCAAGAAGCUCUGUAUCUUGUUUUGAUACCUAUGCAGAGCAGAGGAGAAAUCGUUGGUAGAGAAUGGUUCAAGAAGACAGAGUUGCUUACUAGGUGUUCCAUGAAAUGCCAAUGGGGAGAAAGAAUACGAAGGAGUAGAAAUAUUUUAAAAAUGCUUAUAUAUAUUUGUAUUGUAUGUACACUUAUUUCUUCUUGUCACAAGACAUGUAUCUAAUCAAAAUCUCUUCAAAAACACUUUCUUCACAA